AGUGCUGCGGUGCUCGUUACGGAGGGGUUUUGGUCCAACUUUUCAUUAGUUCAUCCUGCGGAGUGCAUAGGUGUUUUUCGGUACUACUUUCCUGAUUCUCUUUAAAAAUAUAACUGCUGCUUCAAGAUGUAUUUGGACGGAGCUGAAGGAGUCUUCGAGUUCUUGCGAGGCAACCUGCCUUUUUACGUGAUCGUUUUUGUGCCGCUUCUCAUCGUCAUCUCGCCGGUCACCCCCGUGCUCGGAUCGCACGAGUUCACCGUCUAUCGCAUGCAGCACUACGACCUGCAGGGAACUGUUCACGGGUCUAGGAGUUCUGUUGUGAACACUGAAGCUAGAACAUUACAUUCGUCAUCUUACCACAGAAAAGUUGUCAUAGCGCGGCUUGCUGACCUCACUCAUGGGCAGUUCAAUGAGGUGAUCCAGCAAGGGGCAGCUGGUGUUCUUAUAUUCUUGCCACAAAACUUCAGUGAUAUUUCUCCUGAUAAGCUAAAGGCUUUAAUGGAGCUUGAACAUGCACUACAAGAGGAUGCUGUGCCUGUGCCUGUAUACUUUGCAUAUGAGACAGACGAGUUGAAAGACAUGUACAAAAGUGUCCAGAGGACAUCGGAUAAUGGCAGAACGACCAGUGUCGCACAAGAGCUGUGGGGCAUGCUGAAGGCAAGUGGAUUUCAGCUGGUGAUCUUGGGAAGUCAGGCCAAAGUAAUUCCUGACAUUCAGCUUUCGAAUAUUCAGGGAAAGCUCUCUGGAUUUGGUGUUGAAGAGCAGCUGCCAACAGGUGUUAUUGUGGCUCACUACGAUGCAUUUGGAAUUAGUCCGGCAUUGUCCUUUGGCGCAGACUCCAACGGCAGUGGGGUUGCUGCCCUUCUUGAACUGGCCCGCCUUUUCUCAAGGUUGUACACUAACUCCAGGACGCAUCCACAGUUCAAUCUUGUUUUUCUGAUUUCUGCUGGAGGAAAGUUCAACUAUCACGGAACAAAGAAAUGGAUAGAGGACAACAUUGACAGCACAGAGGGAAGCCUCCUGGCUGACUCAUUGUUCACAAUGUGCUUAGACUCUCUCGGAAGCGGAGAUGACCUAUACGUUCAUGUGUCAAAGCCUCCAAAGGAAGGCAGCACAACCUCCAACUUGUUCAAUGAGCUGCAGCGAGUGUCAUCAAUCCUUUCGCCUGCUAUGCGGGUAUCGAUGGUGCACAAGAAAAUCAACUUGGCAGACGAAACUUUGGCCUGGGAGCAUGAGCGCUUCAGCAUGCGUCGCCUGCCAGCGUUCACUGUCUCACAUCUUCCCAGCCAUCGGUCUCCGAGCCGCAGUUCCAUUUUCGACACACGUGACAAGGUUGAAAAAACCAAGUUGGCUCGGAAUGUGAAGGUGAUCGCUGAAGCCUUGGCUCGCAUCCUCUACAAUGUGACGGACAACGAAUCAAGUCUGGAAGUCUUCCGUGAUAGCCUGGGGCUACAGGAGGACUACCUCAGUGCCUGGGUUGACACACUGUCGAGUGAACCACGAGGUGCCCAGCUGAUGGCAAAGGGCAAAGCACCUUUGGUCUCCAUGCUAGAGCAAGGACUCUCACGGCACCUCAAGGAAGUGCGUCUGUCGGCCUUCCGGCCGGACAAGAGGGAUCCUGAAGUUGUCUUUUAUGACACUCCACUGGCUGUCAUGAAUGCAUACAGUGUCAAGCCUGCUGUGUUUGACUUGUUCCUGGCAGCACUUAUUGGUGCCUACCUGGGAACUGUGUACCUUGUCAUUGUGAACUUCCACCAUGUACAAAGGGUUGUGGGCCUGUUUUCCCAACCAAGGGCGAAGGUGAAUUAAGUGUCAACUACUGACACACUCGGUUUCAGUGCUGCUCUUCCAUUCUUGCCUGCCACCUUCAUCACAUAGACUGCUUAGAAAAAGACCAGUGUCAACGCCGAUAACUUCCUCCAGAAACUUUUCAUGCUUGAGGACAUGCCUGUGUGUUCAUCACUUGAUCGGUACAGUUGAUCGGUACCUGUUGGAGCACCUCACUGUGUAGCACUAUCGUAUCUCCAUUGCCUUUCACGGUCUUUCGCUUCUCAUUUUGUGUCUUAGCAGCUGCCAUACACAUGUUAGUAGGGUAUAAUGAAAUGGCGAAGAUGAUUGUCUGUCUUGGACAGAACCCUGAAUUGUGCCACACUCGACACUGUGUGUUGUGCGUAAAUGGUUUUGAUGGUGUCAUAGGCAGUGCUGUCUUUUGCAGCAACCCAUCAUGCCUUUUCAUUGAUGUGGUAGUUGUAGCUCAUGCUGUUUCUCCUCUGUGUGCGCUGUCUGGUUGUAAAUAGUGAUGUAAUGUAUAUACAUAAAUUUUUUGCACGCGUAGGAGGUACCUUGUGGUAAAUGACAAAACAGUGGGACCCAAAGGUAGACUGUCGAAAAAGCUUGUUGAUACUGCAUGGUCUGGACUUAAUCGAUGCAAGGUCCAUUUGUUUGUUGCCUCAGGAGUUGUGAAACAACUGUCAUUGUUUCAUUUUUUUUUUAUCAUUUUGUGACUGUCAUACGUACUGGUUAUUAAAUUGCUCUGAAUGUUGCUGCAUGUGUACUAUAUGUACUCUUCUCAACAAAAUAGAGGCCUCAUUGUUGUGUAGACAAUAGAUGACAGCUGAGAAGACGAAUUAAGCUGUGUUUGCAUCUUGGCUAGUCUCAUAUUGUGGUGGUGUGAUGAACAAUUGUCUCAUUUUAAUUACUAAUUCGGUGUGCAUACACAGCUUUAACUAAGGCAACAUUACAGUGAGCUGCCCCAGUUCCCUUAUAUCUCUUUAACCACUGGCAUCAACAUCUCAGGAGCCAUAUGGCAGGAAGCUUCAUGGACAAGAGGAAGGAAAUAACUGCAAGUCCUUUAGAUUUGCUUUAGAAGCACUCUGCCUUUUGCCUUCCUUGAAUUCAACCAAGCAAUAAUGCAAUACAUAACACAAUAAAUUAGGUCAUUUACUUUCUUUAGAAAUGCAUAUUCAUCCAUAGCUGUACCAUAAAACAAACGACUCUGCCUGUGUACUUCUUUUUCAUUUAUUUACAAAACUUGUGUUCAUUUUGCGCUACAAGCAAAAUGAAUGUCUACACAGCCUCUGUAGGGUCCUUGGGUAUCUGUGUAGAUGCUUGUUUAUUGUCUCUAAAACUCACGGUCAAAAAAUAGAUAAUCACUAGCAGUAGUAAUAAAAAAUUCUAGCACAAGCAUAUCUUAACCUGGUAUCGCCAUUACCACAUAGCUGGCUUCCAUAUUUGAUGCUAUAUGUAUUAUCCACCAUAGCAAGCCCAGUGGCUGUGGCGUUGCAUUGCUAAGCUUGAGGUGAUGCGGUUGACGCUGGUGGCAGCCACCGCAUCUCAAUGGAGGUGAAAUUCAAUUGAGGUGGCCAAAGUUCAUCUGGAAUCUCCCACUACAGCGUGCCUCAUAAUCCGAUCGUGGUUUUGGCACGUUAAGCCCCAGGAUUUAACUGUUUUUGUUUGAUAUUCUAAUGAAUAUCGCUAUAGCAAAUGUGAUCUAAGAGGGGCACCAACAUAUGACUUCAAGGUAGCGCUGUGGUCUUUAAUGCAUAACCCGGCUUUCACAGGCUACUUAUUGCUUUGACAAACUGUCAUGCAUUCAGGCUAAAUGCUCACAAAAAUUUUGCAACCACGCCAAGAUAAUUGGCCGCAGUUAAAUAGAUUCAAUCGGCGGAUUGGGCAUAGAGCACAUUUACUUCGUUUUCACUGCUGUGGCAUGCAAAGUGGAGGCAGCAACGGCUUUUCUUCGGUUUUGUGGGCAUUUGAACGUGAAGGGAAAAUUCACUUGGAAGGUGGCACGAUUGAAACUGAUCUUUUCUAAUGUACUUUAAUACCAGACUUCUACAUAGCAAAUUACAUGUAAUUAAUGACUUCUAAUCAGUUACUUUUCUUUGUGAUUUUGUAAUUUAACAAUUGCUUCUCUUUACUCCAAAGCGGUCAUUGUAAUUUAUUAGACCGUGAAGACGGCCGACCGCAUCUGCCUCCGCAAAUUUCUAACCAAUUAGAGCAAAUAAAGUUUUUCCUCCUCCUCCUCAGAAACCAAUUAUAUCUAACCAGUUACUUUAUUGGUGGGACAAGCUAACUGGAGGCACAGGUUUUAAUACUUUAAUUUAGCAGGAACUACAGUAGGACCCUUGUGGUCGUCCAGUGCGGCAGCCUCGUGGAUGCACUUGUUUCGAUACACAAACCGGUGUUUGGUACACCUCUUUUGGACACAUUUAAGUGACAUCCAUAGGCACUAAGAGUUGCUACUCAAUUUUUCACGAAUUGCAGUCUCUGAUUUAUCUCAUAUAGAUAAGUAUUAGGCUUUUAAGCAUGCAUGUUUCUGUCUGAAUAAUAUGCGACUUGCAUGUACUUAUUUUGCAAAUAUAAUAGAAACAGUAUUUUGAGGUUGAAAGAUAAGUAGUUAAAUUUUUAAUUACAAUGAAGAUUUAGCCACCUUCUUGAGGAACAUAAACUUCUGCUGCCGUCUCCUGCUAACAAGUGAAGGGGGCUUGGCAAGAGCUCCACCACAAGUUUGCCAACGAAUUGAACUGGCAUUUCUGCGACUCCAUGCAGAUGGCCACUUGGGAAGUUGUUGCCAGGAAAUCACGUGCAUAUGAUUUUUUUUAGCUUUUUCCUACCAGGAGUGUCUUUUCCGAGCUCCAACAACAAUGAACCUCUAUGAUUCAUUGAGUAUCCAGAUACGAGCAUUGCAGCACUGUGCUACCACAAUCUCAUGUGUAAAAUGUUCAUACGCUACAUGCAGCCAUUCCUUCCAGCGCAUACAUAGAGCGAGCUUUCAGUGUCAUUGCUGAUGACUUUAGGAGAGAGAUGAGCGAUGAAAAUCUUGUAAAAAUUGUUAGUGAAGUUAAAGAGUGUGUAAAUGGCUGCAACGAUCCACUGAAAGAUCCAAGCCAGCUCGUUUUGUAUGUUUACUGUACGCAAUAUUAAUAAAACUUGUCAGGAAAGUAACAUUAAAAUAGCCUAGUAAUUUUUAGUAAUGCCUAGUUACUUAAAUAGGGCAGCAAUUAUAACUGUGAUCAAUUAAAUAUUUGGUUGAAGUAAUUGUAAUUGGUUACUUGUUUACUGUAAUAUGCACAAGUCUGCUUAAGCCCUAGUUCAGGCUUAAGAGCCUGAACCAGGCUUGUUGGAGUCGCAUCUGACACCAAAUUACCUUCGUCAUAUUCGAUUUUUGUCAUAAGCAUAUAUUUGUUGCAUGCUGUAGAUGAGAAAUACUUGAUUUACCCUGUUAUAUUCAUUUUUUAUGUCCAUGUUUCCAAGGUUCGACUGUAUUAGCUAGAAAUGUACAAAAUAUUAAAAGCUGGCUAAUUAAUUUCAGGCUAGUUCAUUAAGUAGAAUAAUACUGAAGGCAUAUUCAUGUGGCUGCUAAUAAAUAAUUGGUUUCAUCCGCUGCUA